AUGUUAGACAUAGAAGGUAAUUCAUCUAAUUUAGUAGAAUUAGCCAACACUUCUUUUGCUAAAUCGGCCAAUCUUUUUCGACCUCAAGUUCUAGUAUACAGCUUAGUCACCAUAGAAAAAAGUUUAAGUGUAGAUGAAGUUUUGGUCACAGAUGAAGGUUUGACUUUUAACGAAGCAACAACAAAGGAUGGUUUGACCGUUGGUGAAGUGAUUGCAGAUAACGAAGAUUUUUUAUUUUUAGUAUUAUUUUCAAACUUGGCUACUAAAGUCUUGGCAAUACUAAUAGACUUGUUAGCCUCACGUGGUGUUUUAUUUUCCCAGGGAACAUUCAUAGGGAUAUUUGUAUCUAAUAACGAUUUUUAA